AUGAAGUUGGCCGCUGUUAUCGCCACUGGCAUGCUCGCCAGCCCAGCUCUCGCCGCGCCUGUCGAAGCCCGAGAUGCUGCCGGCCUUGAAAGGCGUGUUCCCAUUCUUUAUUGCCCGGCCAAUGUCAACGCCAAUGGAGUAGCAACGACGAUAUUGAAAAUUGAUACAGAAUGGGCUACAGGCCAGGCUCGGAAAGCUGCAUUUGACGAUAAGACCAAAAGCGGUGAUCCCCACCGCUACAUGAAUGGCGAUCACCUUGCAUUCCCUCCUUACCACUGCAACCUGCCGACCACUGCUCUAUUCGAGUACCCAGUCUACUGGAUAGGGCACAACGAGAAAAACCCCGAGUGGAUCAAGGACCGUAAAACCACUGAUCAACCAGGCGGACCUACUCCUCUUCGCGUAGUGUACGCCAACGUCAAUGGCGCUGUUUAUUUUUGCGGCGUCAUGACUCACGCCACCGUUACUGCGGAUUACAGGGGAGAGGGGAGGUUCUACAGGUGCCUAGAAGAUGCAGACGCCGCGCGAACUAUUGGACAACGAGCCGCUGGACAGUAA